AUGCAUACCCCCUCAUCAUCGACAUCUCAACCUCGUCCCAUUCUAAAGCAUCAGCAAACAACUCCGAACUAUGGUCGUGCCAUUAGGUCUUCAGAACAGCUUCAUGCCGUUCACUUCCCGCCAUCCCCGGCCUUGACUCGAACCUAUUCGGCAUACCCCCCUUCUACCUAUGACCGCUCUCCCAUUGUUGUGGCACCGAAUACAUGUGCUCUACCUGAGCGCGGGUGCCCUGGACGUACUUAUACCCUGGACGAGGACCGUCCAGCGAGCUCGUCGCCUACUUCAAAACGUUCACAACACGGCAUUCAUCUUCAUCCUCGUGCCGUAUUUAAUCAUCAAUCUCAAGUUUCGCCCUCAAAACUGGGCGGCAUUGAUGAUGGGUCGCAAUCCACUCCUUGGUGCAGCUCCCCAACACAACCUGCUUUGAUUCCUGACCUCUCCUCGGGGUCGGACGAGAGCGAUGGUUAUCCCUCAGAUUCACUUAACGCUUCUUUAAAACCUGCUCCGUCAAUACCAUGGCCCCCCCGUGCUCUAGGGGAUCCCAAUGGUUAUAUAACGACACCGUCAUACAAUCAAUACGAUUAUCCUAAUCAUAGCCCCAACGUUCACUCGACUCCACCAUUCCUCCCUUAUCCUCCUUCUCACGAUGCGAAUAAAGUCCGCCAUCAGAGACAGAAGGACCGUCCAUGGGAGCGGGAGCGAGGAAGCAAAUAUGGAGCAUAUGCCGUGGACGAUGAACCACGCGACAAACCCAGUUACAGGUCCUAUGUGCCAUAUGGAGGUAUUUCAUUAUCCGUUCUUGACGGAUCGGAUGAUAGUUGUUUGGGAGGAUUUUGA